UAUAUUUUAUCAUCUGUUAGUAACUAAAUUAUAAAAAAAAUUCAACUCAUUACAAUGUUACAUUUAAAUCGCCAAAUAAAAAUGCUGAUUCUUUAUUUGCGAGCAUGAAGUUUCAUACAACAUUCAAUUUCUCUGCAUAAUAACCUUAAUAUUUGCAUAUGACCUAAUACCAUGACAACGGUGAUCACAAUACAAAAGGUCACGUCCGGUUGCAUGUCGCUAUGUACAAACAUGUUCAGUGACUGUCAAAGCUACUGCAUAAUAGGGUGGAUAAAUUGUAUUCCUAGGAAAUGACAGAAACUCGCUAUUUUGAAAACAGUGGACCACUGAGUCUGGAACAUGACUACGUAUGGUGAUUUUCUUGUCAGGCGACUUUGGGAGGAACACAAAUCACCCCGCAAUCAGCGUUUUGGAUAUUUAGAUUCAUUGACUUCCAGAGCUUCUGUGCGAGAUUUCCGUCACCGCCAGGUAUUAGUCAAUCCAUCUUCGUACAGCCAAGACUUCCGCUACCGAGGCUAUCCUGGUAAUAGUUUCCUUAAGCCUCGCCUUCAUCCAGGACAGCAAGUGAUAGAAGCGCAGACAAAUAGUUCAAAUUCGAGAAAACCGCCUCUCUUUAAUCCAGCUGAGUUUCAAGGGAGGCGGAGUGUUGCCAAUGAUUUUCAUGACCAUCAAGUGAACCCACCGGAGAGUUACCCAGUCCCACAGUACAGACAAGACAUGGAGAAGCCACAGACACCGUCCACGGUCUACGUCCACCAGACGAGAGGGAUGCCUCUAGGAGAACGCAGGACCACAACAAAUGAGGUAGAACUUGCCAAAGGUGAUGGGGAUAACCGAAAACGCAAGUUCACGGAGCAGGAUGUGACCCCACGUGGAGAACUGAAAUACAGGGACCCAAUGCUUCCUGUUAGGCUGUUAAGUGCCUCAAAAUGGGAAAAGAACAAAGACGGCAACUUUAUUCUUGACCACCUUGGCCGACCUGGCAAUGGGGCGCCCCUGGUGACGGAAACCGGGGAGAUAAAAGCCGACCUGCAAGGCGAUCCAUCUAUCAGAUACAACGAAGGGGGCCGAGCGUCCAUUGAGAAUCGACUGCGGUACCGGCCGGUUCCGCCACAAAUCAAGACGUCAGUGCAGUCUCAAAAUGAACAAAAGCAACUAGAGAUUCAGACUGCCAGGAUUAAAGAACUCCGCCAGGAGUUGGACAUGAUCAGAAAGAGUGAAGAUUUUGGAAAGCAGGGAGGAGGAGCCUCGCAUAAUCCUCAACCUCAAUCAGAUUCAUUUGCAGCAAGAACCGAGGAUUCCAAGAGUCUAGACCUGGAGCGAACCCGUGGAGGUGCAGGGGCUCCACAGCUGGAUGACACUGGCAGACCGAAAACCAAGUUCCCCAUCACCAUGCACCGCAACGACUACGGAGCCAACCUGACUCCACUUGAGGUGUCGCACAUAGACGAAGUGUUGCCGAGUCACCGUCGGAGGAUGAAGGCAGACAAGGAAGACGAAGAUUACUACCCGUUUGGUCGGCCCGGGGCCGGGGCGCCGGUGCUUGACAGCCAAGGCAAACCCAGAGCAUCGCUGAAUGGAUCAUUAACAAAACAGAAAACGUCAGCAGACAUUAGGAGGAAACAAUUGGCUGCUCGAGAACUACUCAAGGAACUCAAUCAGGAGAUGGUCGAACAGAAAAAGAAUAAAGAAGACAUGAACAACUAUAUGAAACAGCCUGAUAAAGAUCUGGCUGAGUUGAUAACUCAGGGGCGGGUUGGCUACCCGAGACGAGACCCAGAAACAGGUGCCCUCCUGCCUCAACAUCUUGCCAGUUCUGAUGUCUCCAAACAGAUGACGAGCAAGGUGGACCAGACAAAGAUGGCCCAGAAGAAGUACCACGACGAGCUGGAGAUUCAGGCUAAUGAGAGAAAGAGAAUGCGCGAACUCGAAAAGCUUAAACAGAAACAAGAAGAAGUUCUUCACUGUGACGUGUUUGGAGGCCAGUUCCGGAGGUAUGGAGGGGGAGCUCCUAAAGGUCCGUACACACAGAAGAAAGAAAACCUCUCUCAGAUGCUCUACUCACCCAGGAAAGAGGAUCGAGUUGUAGCAAAACCGCCGUGGGAUUCUUCAGAGAAUCAGCAGUAUAGAAAGGUGUACGAGGAGGACAGACUGUACCCAGUGGGCCACUACGCCAAGAGCACGAUUCGCAGCACGCACGCAAACCAGUUUGAGAUCCCUGCACAAACAACCAAGGGGAAUUAUCACCCACCAGCACCAUAUGCCACCAUCUGAACAGUGACAUCAGUUUGUUGAAGUACAUGUACCAGAUUUGUUGAAGUACAUUAUACCAGAUUUGUUGAAGUACAUGUACCAGAUUAAUUGAAGUACAUGAUACCACAUUUGUUGAAGUACAUUAUACCAGAUUUGUUGAAGUACAUGUACCAGAUUAAUUGAAGUACAUGAUACCACAUUUGUUGAAGUACAUUAUACCAGAUUUGUUACAAUACAGUUUAAAUGUUGCACUGUAGUUUAAAGUGCUUACAUUACAAAGUACCUAGGGAGGGUGGGAUGUAGCCCAGUGGUAAAGUGCUCAUCUGAUACACUAUCAAUCUGGGAUCAAGUACAUUAUACCAGAUUUAUUCAAGUACAUGUACCAGAUAAAUUGUUCAAGUACAUGUACUGGAUAAAUUAAGUACAUGUACCAGAUUUGUUGAAGUACAUGUACCAGAUAAAUUGAAGUACAUGUACCAGAUAAAUAGAGUACAUGUACCAGAUUUGUUGAAGUACAUGUACCAGAUAAAUAGAGUACAUGUACCAGAUUGAUUGAAGUACAUUAUUUAUUGAAGUACAUGUACCGGAUAAAUUGAAGUACAUGUACCAGAUUUGUUGAAGUACAUGUUUCAGAUUUGUUGAAGUACAUGUAUCAGAUUUGCCCAUUCUAGAUUAAUGAAAUCAAUAUGGACUAUAUCAUACUAACACUGACAAUCCACACACCCGUAUAGUAUCUAGAUUAGAACACCUGCAUUUGUCUCAUAUUUCACAGUUACAAUGUACUUCAUUUUUAAUCUUUCUAUUUGUAAUCUGGAAAAAAAUUUGGUUUAGCCAAUAUUUCAGAUAUGUAACAUUGUAUUUCCUUGAAAAUUAUUAAAAUAUGUUUAAUUUUAAGAAUAUGUUAUUAUCAAAGAAUAAAUGUUGUAGACACUUUGUAUAAAAAUUAGCAGUUGGCUAAUUUUGCAGUGGACAGUGUGAGCCCUGAAUCUGUGAAGAUUUAUAUAUUGUGUAAAUGUAUUGCCUUUCUACAUGUAACCAUGACAACAUUUUUAUUAUACUUUAAUUGUCUAAAUGUAAAAAAAUUUGGCAUAAAUGUGUGCUGUUAUAUUUAUGCAGUUCUUUUAUGAAUGAUUAAUCUAUACUAACCAAAUUCAGUAUUCAUCAAUAUUAUAUCAAAUUAAAGUUUAGUUUUAAGAAUAACAAAAGACUAAUUAAAAACACUGAAAAUUAAAAGAAAUGGUUGCGAAAAACCCAACCUAAAUACAUGUAACUGCCUGUAAGCAUUAAUUUGUAACUGUUAAUUGGAACCGAAAUAUGUUUUUGUCUGGUAUUUUAUAUAUAAUGGGUGAUCUGAUGAGUAUAAAUUGUAAUCAACCCACUGUUUAGUAUUAUUGUAACCAUCUGUGAUAAACCUUUUACAUGUUGUUAGGUCAAUCUAUUUAUUCUAGCUGUUUCUCAGAUAGUGAAAUGGAGACAUUUCAAAUAGGAAAAUUGAUGCAUUUACAGUACACAAUUAUAGACUUGAAGUCUUAAAUAUUGAUUUUAUAUAGGGAUUUAGACAUUGUUUUUAAAUCCUCCUUUUAACUUUGUAUUGUUUUCUACUUGAUAUGUAGCUAUUCCCUAGCAUUUUUUUCUGGGGGUUUUCCCCAAGUUUUAAGACCUGGCUUCUGCAGUUGACAAUAAUAAAAAUGCAUAUUAAGUCAGACAUCUUUACGACAUUUGCAAUGAAACUAUACUAAUGUCCAAAUUUGUUUGUUUUACAAGGUUUUAAAUUGUAUUAUAGAAAACCAACAAAUAGUAUGGUGCGAAUUAAAGUCAGGGCCGUAGCAGUUGCCCAUCUCCCCCCCCCCCCCUAAAUUUUUUUAUAGAAACUUAAAGAAAAUGCUCUUCUUAACUGUUUACAAAGUUUUAGACUAAUAACUACUCAGUUGCCCCCCCCCCCCCCCCCCCCCCCCCAACAAAAAAUCCUAGCUACGGCCUUAAAAGUAUCAACAAUAUUUAUCAAAUUAUUCAGAUUUUAUGUGUGUAGUUUCUUUUGGAUAUCAGUAUAUUUAAUUAUACACAUUUUCCUUCUUUGAUGAUAUAAAUGCAAUAAUUGUAUCAGUUAUACUUUUAGUUUUUUGGGUUUUUUUUUACAAGAAAGAGCAUUACCUGAGCAAAUUUAAUAUUAUGACGAGUGAUGACAAGACAAAUGCAAAAUUGUAAUAAUGUCUGACUGUAUGAAUGUUUGCCUUUGUCUCCUUCACAAUUCUUUUUUUUUUUUUUGCAUUCAUUGUGCAUCAAUUAGUUGACUAAUUCCAUGAAUAAUUUUUUUUCUAAACUUGGCAUAUUCCUAAGAACUAGAGUCAUUGAUGCUUGAAUUUCCUUGAUGAUUUUUGGCAAUUACCAUAGUUGUUUAGUUUUAUUUGUUUUUUGUUUUUUAAUAUGAUAUACAUACAUUUUAAAAUAGUUUUUUUCCCCUUGGUUUUCGGAGAGAUAUUUUUCAAACUUGUUAUUAGCCUUAUGUGCUUCUUAGCAUGAAGGGGAUUAAGUACUAGUGAUACUUCAUGUACUACUUCAAUAUGUGAUUUUAAUCGUACCUAGCUAACCUCGUAUUUCUCUGUGUAUCGAUCAGUAUACCGUGUAUUUGACUUUUACUAGUUUGUUAUUCAUGAUAAUUAAUCUUCUAACGUUUUUAACAUUUUGUUUAAAAACUAGUCCUUAACAUUUACAUGUAUAUUUAUUUUAUGUUUCAACAAAUGUUUUGUUUUUUCUCUAUUUCAUUAUCUAUAAAUUGUUUUGUAAUACCUUUUUUUUUAGAUGAUACAUGUAAAUAAGAAUCCAUGACAAUAUUUCGACAUUUGACAGUUAUCUCCCAUUUGACAGUUAUCUCCCAUUUGACUAUGAAUUGUUUUCUGCAUAGGUUUCCAUGUUCCUAAUUUUCAAUGAUGUUUGUUUUUGUUAUAAUUUCUUUUUACCAGUUAUUAUCCUAUUAUAACUUUUGACACAUUUUUGACAUCUGGUUUUUUUUUUGGUGUUUUUUUACUCUCUUUUUUUUUUAUCAGAGAGACUUUUGUGCAAAUAAUUUUAUACAAAACCUUUUUUUUAAAUUAAUACAUUUUUCAAUGUAUACUGACUACUAAAACAAUUGCCAACUCAGUAUUUCAAACUUAGCAAUCUGCAUAAAACCCACUCUGGUAGCAUACAUGUAUGUGUAUUUUUCGUCAUUUCGUACAUCAGAGUGGUGUUUGAUGGUUGCAAAAUGUUUGGCACAUUGCAUGAAACUGAAAUACUAAAUCAAUAGGAAGUGAUUAUAAAAGACCUUCUCAAAUAUAUAUCGGCUCCCGCCUGCUACCGAUUCCGGUCGGGCUGCUGGUGCUUCCUGCAACCAGGACAGGCAUGUGCUACAACAACUUAUUCUGAAUGUGCACAGUAAAACCCUAUGACCUGACCUAAAUAUAUCAGUCAACAAGUCUCAAACUUGACAGGAGGUAGAAAGCAAACACAACUGAAACUGCACAAUAGACUUUUUGCGAUCAGCUUCAUAAGCAACUUUAGCUUUCCAUCUUAUUUCUGACAGUAUUUCAGAUAUAUCCAAAAUUCCUCAUUUUUAGGAAUGAUAAUAUAAAUCAUAAGCUUAUAUAUAUCCACGUUUGUCUGAAGUUUUCUACAAUGCUGUUUAAAAAAUUCACACUAUAAGUCUUAAUAAGUUUGUAGAACUGCUUCUCAGUUUUGUCACAUUUGCUUCCAAAUUAACAUUGGAGAAGCAAAGAUUGCUUUCGGUUAGACAAAAUGACUUUCGAAUCUUAGAAACAUUCAGUGUUCUUUUUAAAUAUUUAGGUAACAUUUAAAACAAAUCUACUUUCACUUAGAAUGGUCAUUGUGGUCACAAACAUCUAAACUGAAACAGCAUUAAUUUCCAAACGAAUAAUUUUAUGAGGUUUUGUAACACGUUUCAUAUUGAUGGAUUCAUUGAUUGGAGUUUUCCAAUUUUGGGAACUGUAGUGGAAACUGGGGGAAUGUAGCCUUUUAUAUGUGAAGAAUCUAUUUACCUUUGCUUGACACCCAUCAGCUGAUGUAUUUUUCAUGAUGUGUCAUUGCCAUUCAUGUUUCAUUCAUUCAUUCUAUGAGAAGUUAAUGAAGAAAGUCAGUGGGUUGGGGUUCCCCAAAUUUGGUCAUUAAACUAAAAAUUGGGCAGACUUUAUAUAAAGAUAUUGGUGAUGGGGGGAGAAAAGAUGGCAUAAUCUCAACCCCUACCCCCCAUAAAACUUUAAAAAAAUAAAUCUUUUGAAAAUCCAUAUUAUGUAUUUACCGGUAUGUAAUGUGGAGAUGAUUUGGGAAUAACUAAUUGCAUUGAUUGAAUGGCGACAUGAAACAAGCUAGUUAGUUUUCCUUCUAGUUGUAAGUUAAUGUUACUAUACACAGGGCUAGCUCUGAGUGAGCAAAAUAUUUCGCCAAAUUGUUUCUAAAAAAAAUUCUAAAAUUACAUAAAAUUAUUUUGCCAAAUUAAAAUAAAAUUUGCCAACUGCUUUCAAAAUUUGCAAUUGGCAAAUUUUGCAAGUAUCAGAGCUAACCCUGCUAUAGAUUGUAAACACAGCAUUACUAUUGAUAUAAUCAUGUAUACCGCGUAUUACAGGGUAAGCUGGCCAGUGUACUUCAUCUCUGACUGUGAUAUAACUCGACCUAUUGGAGCCGAAAGGUGCUCUGUCAUGACUGCAUCAAUUUAUCCCCAUUUUCAGUCCUUUACCAGUCCAAUUGGAGGUGUCUACAUAGGCAGGGCUUCUAAAUUAUGGUAGCCCCACUCCCAUGGCUAGUGAUAUUCAAUGUUGGGCUAGUAAAUAACUACUAUUGCCAUGCCCGACAGGGCUUCUAGAUUAUGGUAGCCCCACUCCCAUGGCUAG